AUGGACCAUUCAAAGUCAUCGAUACAAAAAGGAGUUGAAAGAGACGUAAACAGCAAAAGAUGGCUGUGCUACAGAUCGUGUGACAUGCUCCACACAGCAUCUGUUAUUAGGAGCAUGCAUAUGGAUGAGGAUGGACUGAUGGGUUCUCCACAGCACCGCCUAGGGAGCGCUAAAGUAGAAUUGACUCUGGCGGAACUGAAGCAAUUUUCACGCUUUGGAUUUCCUUGUUCGAUUUAUGACGACUUCCGGUAUUUAUAGGUGCAGGAAUAUGGAUAUGAGAUUUAUGUAUCAUAAAACUUUACUUGUGCUACCCAUCCAUAAAGGAUUCGAACAAAAAGAACAAACGUAUUAUU